AUGAAUGCAAGAUCGCAACAACCAGCAAGGGACCUUCUCCUACCAGCCAGUUUCAUGUUCAUCGACGGGGUCUCCAGGCACGCAGUAGUCUCCUGGUCCCUCUUCCUCCUCCUAGGCGUCUUCAUCCUCAUCGCGUCGCACUUUGUCCUCUCCUGCGCCCUCACCCGUUGCGCCUACGAUGUGGUAGUCCAACUCUCCCUCACCUCCUCCUCCGGCCUCUCCUACCUCUGCCUCUUCGCCUUCGUCCACCACUUCCUCUUCCUCGACAAGCUAGUCAGGGAGAGCAAGCGGGUGCGAGAGGGCUACAUGGACCAGCUUAACCGCUCCUUUCGACUACUCUUCAUCUUCGUGAUGUCGUGCUUCGCGGGAGAGAUGGCUUACAAGGUAUGGUGGCACUCGUCAGGAUCGGAGCAGGUGUUGUUCGCGGUGGCGGGCAGCCGCGUGGUAGGAAACAUGGUGGCAUGCGCCCUAGAGCUGGCAAGUGACAUCCGGAAGCUAUUAAGCUCAUCGUUAGUGCGGGAGAGGUUGCAUGCGUAA